GUGCGCGCAGUGUGUCCACGCGCUUGUAACAUGCCGUCUCCUGUCCCCGUCACCCGCAUACUCCGGAGGGACUUGGGCGUGAAGCUCGGGGCCUGCAGCAGCCCGCUGACCAGGUGCGUGGGGGGCUCGAGGCUUCGCGUGCCUGCCAGCGCGUUCCCGGGGGAUACAGCCAGGAGACUUUGGUCGUCCGCGGUCAACUGGCGCGAGCUGCAGGGUCUGGAGCCCAUCGGUUCGGGCGGAUUCGGCUUGGUGUUCAAAGCCAGGUACUUCGGCGAGACGGUCGCGGUGAAGAGGGUGAAAUGCGCCAAAAACAAACUGGCGUCGCGGCAGAGUUUUUGGGCUGAGCUGAAUUCCGCGCACCUAAGGCACAAAAACCUCGUGCGCGUGAUCGCAGCUACAACACACUCGCCGACAGAUGAAGUGAUGGACGACAGUAUCGGUACCAUCAUCAUGGAGUUCGCUGGCAGCCUCAACUUGCAGCAGGUCAUCUACGGAGACGCCGAACCCUUACACGUGGACCAGUGCGUGCGCUAUUCCGCAGACAUCGCGUGCGCACUGCAGCACCUGCACGCCCACAACGUCGUCCACCUGGAUUUAAAACCCGCCAACGUGCUCGUCUCGAAGGACGGCGUGUGUAAACUAGCAGACUUCGGUUGUUCGAUGAAAAUCGAUCUUUCACGCGACGCUGCGAGUCGUUUGCACGAAAUUGGCGGAACGUACACCCACCGGGCGCCCGAGCUCCUGAAGGGCGAAGAGGUCACGGCCCUCGUGGACAUCUACUCCUUUGGCAUCACACUGUGGCAGCUCCUCACCCGCGAGCCCCCGUACGCAGGCGACAGGCAGCACGUGCUGUACGCCGUCGUGGCCUAUAAUCUCCGACCUGACCUGGCGCGGGAUGUGUGGACCCGGUCGGCGCGCGGACGGUGGCUGAAGGAGCUGGUCAGCCGGUGCUGGAGUGCAGAACCGGGCCUGCGGCCCACCGCGAGCCAGCUCGUCACGGAGCUGUCCACGGCUGUGAACUCGUUUUAACGUGUGUAGGUUUUUGUAAGAAGACCUUUUGUUUGUAAUUGUAAAUAAGUGAUGUGAAAAUAACUGCAUACUUAAACGAAUCAGUGUAUUUUUAAUUUUUCAAAUGGAUUCGAUUAAAUUUUUCUACUCGUAAAGAAAUGUUGGUUAUUAACUUUACUAAAUUAUAAGGCCAUUAUAUUUUCAGGAACUGGUGUUCAGGUUAUUUCAACUAGUUAUAGGAUAGAGCUUAAUAAUUUUGCCUUUUUAUGCGACCAAAUGUGAAAUCCAUAUUUUCCCGUAUGCCCUCAGAAAAUGUCCAGAAUAUGUAGCACACUGUACACUCUGGUGAGGAUAAUGAGACAUUACUCGGGCAGUAACGGCCAAGCGUGGAUCUCAACUACUACAGCGAUCCCCACGGUCAAGACACCAGUGCAUCAACAGCUCACAGAAGAAAAAACUACUUAAAAUAAGCGCACUGGCUCUAAUCAUUACAGCGCCGUAGUCGAGGCAACUGCGAUACCUUGCAUAUGAAUUUAACGUAGCUUCUCGUUAUGGACGCCUGUUAAACUAUGUAACGUCUGGCCACUUCCAUUAUUAAUUACACUCCCAUUUUAACAGGUGCUCAUUAACCAACACCUAACAUGUUGCAUCAAAAACAAAAAAUCCCAAACAAGCUCUGCAUAAAAUAUUUAAACUGCACUUACGCUUUACUAUAAACAUGAGUGAAUCAAAUUUUAAUGUACCAAAAUAAAAGCCCAGUCAAUUCAGCAUUUUGGCAAAAAAAAAAAAAAAGACAAACUAGGCUUUUUGUCCCACCAACACUCACACGACACAACCUAAGCCUUGCAUUCAACAGACUAGCUGUACUGAAAACAAAAAUGGCUCUGCUUUGAAGUGUAGAUGCAUCAGGGUCUCUGCAGAGAGGGAUCCGAGUCCUCGGCCAGAUGACCGUCACCGCAGCUGCUGUAGACCGUCUGACAAGCUGCACACGAAGGUUUUACAAGCGGAGACUGUACAGUGUUAGGAUGUACAAAAAAAAAAGGCUGAAAA